CAAAAUAAAAGUAAAAAAAUUAACAUAUAUGACAUAGGCCAAAACAUUGUUAAACUUACAAAUUCUGAACUAAAUUUUAGAGACGUUUGACUCAGAAUUGUGGAAAUUCUAAAAUUAAUGCUCUCCAGUUAAGGUGAAGGUCACAUGAAAAAGAAAACACGAACACGGAUUUUUGAUUCUCUCCUGAAUUUAGUCGAUUAUAUGACUAAAUAUGUAUAUAAGGACGUAAAAUGCGCAGUGAAUCACACACAGAUUCAUUACGCUCAUUCCAAUAUGCAGUUUGACCCAUUUUCCUUCAGGAAACCGGGACUGGUUUAUAGUUUAGUUUCUGGAUUUGUUUUGUUGGCUUCUCUCAUUGGAUGGCUAUGGUGGAGUCCAAUCUGGGAAGAUAGUUCAACCAUACAUCAGACAGAGAGUCCACUGAUCAUAUCCUCUAAAGAUGUCAUCUUCCAAGUUGGUUCUGGGGGCUACCUCAGCAUAAGGCCAAGAGAGCCACUUCUUGAAGAAGCUGAAAUAAAAAUAGUGUUUGAUGAUCCAGAAAUCGUAGACACCAUAGGAACAUUCACAAUCCCACCUGCCUCACUUAGGGAAAUAUUCGUGCCUUUACACUCCAAAAAUGGAAUUGCCGGACAUUGCGUUAUGUCCCUCCAGACUAAAAAUAAAGAAAUCAAGAAUUUAUAUAUGAUUAAAGUGAAGAUUCGUGUAGUGCAAAGUGUUCUGUUUGGAUAUUUGAGCGUCGCACUUGGUUGGCUGUAUUUUCUUGCUUGGAGCAUUUCAUACUAUCCACAGAUCACGAAAAACUAUAGGCGUAAAUCUGUUGUGGGAUUCAGUCUUGAUUAUGUGUUCCUAAAUCUUAUGGGACAUAUAUUUUAUGGCAUCUUUAAUGUGAAUCUAUACUGGAAUACAUAUAUUCAGAAACAAUAUGCCAAGCGGCACCCAAGAGGUGACAUUCCUGUGCACUCCAAUGACUAUGUGUUCUCUCUGAAUGCUGUUCUCAUGAUGACAAUAUUAACAAUCCAGUGUGCAAUAUAUGAUAGAGGGGACCAAAGAGUAGGCCGGGUUAAUCUAUGUAUUAUAGGUGUGUGUUGUUCAGCUACAUUGUUUGGUUUAUUCAGUGCAUGGACAGGCCACACUCCCUGGCUAGACUUUCUAUAUUUCCUGUCAUAUGUUAAAGUAGCCACAGUGCCUGUUAAAUUCAUACCACAGGUGUAUAUCCAGUACAAGUUAAAGAACACUGAUGGCUGGUCCAUUAAAUCCUCCCAGUUAGACAUAGUUGGCUGUGUAGCUAGUUUCCUACAGAUGAUUGUAGAUGCCUUCAAUAAUGAUGACUGGGAUGGAACCUUUGGCAAUCCUGGCAAAAUGAUGCUUGCAUUCGUCAGUCUCUUCUUUGAUCUGAUUUUCUGCAUGCAACACUAUAUACUCUAUCCUAAAUCUCAAGCCACCAAAGUCCCAAAGUCACCUUUAGUAAAGACAGAGUCACCAUUUCAAGGAUUUUCUGUGGGAACUGUUCACAAGCCAGGCAGCAUAUAUGAUCUCUAGUAGAAGCAGUGAAAGGUCCAA